UUCGACCACGCGUCGUAUAUGAGUCUGUAAAAACACACUCGGUAUCAAGUUUUCGCGACGAGCACCAUCCAGAAUGAUAAGAAACUGGACUCCCGUUGUACUCUGCGCACUCUUCUUACUGGGUGAGGCUUUACGGAUCAGCGAAGAUGCGUUUAAAUUGUUUCCGAGUCGCAGCGGAAGGAUAGUCGAUGGUGCGGCCGCGGGGAUCGAGAGUUUUCCGUGGCAAGUGAGUCUGGUCGAGGUGUGGGAAGAGCUGCCGGAUUUGGUGUGUGGCGGGAGCAUAAUUUCGUCCAAUUGGGUGGUGACCGCAGGCCACUGCGUCUGUUACAACGUGACAGUCGCGGGAGAACCAGGGCCGCUGUCGACCUUCAUUUCCGCUGGUUCGACCAACUACACCGAAGGCUCGCGACACAAUAUCGCCGAAAAAGUUUGCCAUCCGCUGUUCGAGAUCCGACAGGAGGUCGUGGAAGUCGCCGUGAACGACAUCGCCCUCGUGCGAGUCAAGGAAGCCUUCGAAUUCGAUAGAACUCGAGCGCCGAUUCCGCUUUUCCAACGGGCCCACGAAAGCCUCUCGGAAAGCGAAGGAAUAGCGAGUGGCUGGGGUGCCGUCAAUACCGCAGGGGAUGACUUGCGGUACGGCCUUAAAUCCGCGAGGUUGAAAGUCCUCUCGGUACUCGAGUGCCAAAAUUACUUGACCGGCAUCUAUAACGCCAGCAGGCUCGUGCCCGCUGGACAAAUCUGCGUCGAACCACUCUCCGGCACCGUGUGCUUCGGCGACUCCGGUGGACCCCUCGCUGUGAACGGCACUCUCGUUGGCAUCGCUUCCUGGAUCAAUGGGGAUACGUGCACGUACAACUAUCCGGCGGUAUUCACCGAGGUUGCUCAAUACCGCGACUGGAUUUCGCAAAUCACGUUGAUUUAAGUCUGGAAACGAUUAUCUCUCGUCAAAUCGUCAAAUGCGAGGAGCUUCGAACAUUUUGUGCGUUGGAAAGUAUUCUUUUAAAUCGAGGCUUCACUCGAGCUUGGGGAGCGAAAACAAUGGGGAAUCGGAAUUGAAGAAGCCUCGGGAAAUACCAAUUUCUGAAGAGUCAUGAAAAGACUAAAAUUAUUUAUUGAGAGCCAUCUGGGCAAUCUUCCGAAUGGCAAUGUCGGAAAUAACAGAGAAUUUGGAACAGUGAAAAUAUUCAUUUCGUGUGACUUGUCUACAGAGCACGGUAAAUGGACUGACGUUCAACAACACUUUUCACGAGUACCCAGAGAGAGAAAUUUUCGUUUCAAAUAUCCAAAUUUUUUGAUUUUUUUCCGAAAGAUUGUAGCUCAAGGAACUACUCGCGAGUUUAUAGAGAUUCACAGCUCGAGGAGGGAAACAUCGCUCGAGACUCUUCCAGGGUUUGCAAUUCGACUUCUUUUGGCUUCGUUCCCAAGUUUCAAGAUGUGAUUAUGUAAUAAUUUGAUUUUCAAUCAUUUUUUUAUCAAAAAUUUUUGUAUUCUCAACAUCUGUAAUCACAAAUAUAUUUCAACGUUCAAAUCUCCAUUAAAAUUAUUUUAAUUUUUUUUUAUUUCUUUUGUGUAUUC